AUGUCGUCUCCGUCCAAAAACCGUUUCAAGAAACAGACGUCGUACAAACGUCUCAUGUAUAAAAGGCUCUCGGUGACAAAAUGGCUGCCCGAUUAUAAUUCUGAAAAGGCUGUUGCUGACCUCAUCGCUUUUCGUUUGGUUACAGACUCUGAACAGGAUGAAAAAAUAUUUACUUAUAAUCCUUUAGUUUCCAAGCAUGCGUUACCAAACCGAAAACUGUAA